GUUUUUUUUCGCAAAAACAAAAAUUUCUCCUCCACUAGAAAAAAAAUAAUUACAUUUUAUUUGCUAAUAUACGAAAUAAAAAAAAUAAAAUUUUACAUUAAAGAGGAGGAAUAUGAAUUCCAAAGAGCUGUAUUCUAUAAGAGAAUGGGCUCCUUUAACAGAUGUACUUGAUCGUAUACCAACACGUAUAAAUCGUGGCCUAUUUCCGGCGGAUCUCAAUAUAACAUGUAUCGAUGCAGUGGAGGAGUUUUUUGCCCUUGGUACAGAUGCCGGUAUAGUUUUCUGGUAUAAUCGUCAAAAUGGUGAUAUACAAAAAUUAAAGGCUGAGACCGCAACACGCAUAACUUGUGUAAAAAUAGUAGAUUCAGUGGAGUAUAUGGUAGCAGCUGGCAAUUCUUGCGGUCAGGUUAAUGUCUUUCAAAUCCAAAAGGAAUUGCCGCCUGAUUUAAAUUUAGUAGCUCCUUGUACUAAAAGUAAGCCUAUAGAACGUUAUACAAUAAGGGAUUUGCAUCAUAGUGCAAUAAGUUGUUGUGAAUGGUCUAAAAAUGCCAUGAAAUUGUAUUCGGGUGAUCGUAAUGGUGUGGUGGUUCUGACAGAGUUUGAUUAUCAGGCGCACAUUAGCAAAUCUAUUGAAAUCUUAAGCGAGGCCUAUGAAAUCGUUCAAUUAAGUGCCCACCAAGGCUUCUUACUGGUGUCCACUCUUUACCGUUCCAUAGUAUGUCAUCGUAAUGCGAAAUCAAACAAAAAUGACAAUUGGAUUGUUACACAAAUUGGGAAAAAGGAUCGCAAACAGUUGGUCGAUUGUGGUGGUACAUUUUUCAAACAAUCCUCUUCAACGUCCAAUGGCAAACGUCCUCGUUUAAUAUGCGGACGUCCUAACUUACGUUUCUGGUUGGCCGAUACUGAGGGUAAUGUGGAGAAGACUUUAUUGUUUCGUGAAGCAGUUACACAAAGUCCCACUUGGGAAAUACCGAUAUUAAAUCCAAAAUUGUCUAUGCCUAACAAAACAAUGAUGACUUCAAGCCAAAUGCAUACGGAAGAAGAAUUGCCGGCUAUAGGUGAUGCUAGGAAUUUUCGUAAUAUCUAUUCGUAUGCGGGAGAAGAUAUCUUAAUAGUGACCCACGAUGAACGUGCUUUAUAUGUUUUAAAUUUAGAACGUUUAAGGGUGGAGGCGGUGGCCAAAGGUUUUCGUAAAAUCAUAGAUUUUUGUGUGUGGAAUAAGGAGAUUUUUGUAUUGGAGGGUGAACGUUCGCUACUGCGUUUGGCACCUAUGCCCGAGAAACCAAAUAAGACAGCCAAAAUUAUAUAUAAUCCUUCAUUGCCGCCUCCUGUACCCAUACUGGGCUCUUCCAUCUGUGGUUCAUUUGAGGCUCCGGUCGAAUAUGAACCCGAGGAACAGCCUGUAACAAAUGCUGAAGAAUGUUUUGAACUACCACCCAUAGAAACUUUAAAUCUUCAAAUACCCAUUGAAUUGGCCGUCGAAUCUUCGAAAGCUGAACAAAAUAGACGUCUAGAGGUCUUUAAGGAAAUCUCAGAAAUGGACUUUGAUGAUGAUAUCUUACAUCAUAGUGGUAUAUUGAAUGCACGUAAAAAACGCCACAAAAGUCGCAAUAGCUCGAGAGAUAACCAAAAACAAACGGGAGGCAUUGUGGAAAUUGGUCAUGCAGUGGCGCAAGAUGAAAAGGAGGAAGGGAAGGCUGUAGAUAAUAAUAAAGAAAAAGUUGAAUUUACCACCACCUCUACUAAAAUGGAGGCGAGUUUUUGUAGCAAGGAGAAGGAGGAAUGCAAUUCCUCUUCCACCAUGGGCCUCAGUCUUAAGGAAGCAUUUAGCCAACAUUUACCAAAUAUUUUAAGUCCUACAACUCUUAAAAACACUAUAGCCGAAAAAGCCAAAACAUUAGCAGAAGAACUAGAUCUGCCUGAAGUAUCUUUACAGCCGAUAACCGACGAAGAAUUACGUCUAUCUAAAUAUUUAUCACAAGCGCCAGCACCACAACCACCACAACAUAUAUCUGCAUUAGCCACAGUAUAUCCCACAGAAAAUAACUUCAAAGACAGCAGCAUACAGACAACGCCCAUGAAAAAAAUCUACUAUAUAGAAGAACAAAAUAUAACUGAUUUUAGCGAUGGUCAACCUAUAGAGGAUAUUUGUCAAACUCUAAGAGCUACCAAUAUAGUAGAAAGUAAUAAUUUGCCGAAACAGAAACAUAAUGAAAAGGAGGCGGCAAAUAAACCAUUAAAAUUUAUUAAUACUCAACCAGAAAAUAAUUAUGAAAUUGAUAGUUUUUUAUUGGAUUUUAAAAGAGCUGGAGAUCCACUCAGUAAGUUAACUGUUAAUACGAAUCUCCCCCCUCCAGCAACGAGUGGUAAAUCGGAAAAUGAAUCUUCAACUGGUUCAUCUAGUGAAUGGGAAUUUUUGGAUAAUUAAUGCACGAAAAACAAAGAAAUUAGUAUUAUUUUUUAAUCUAUACAUUCCUUAAAUGAUAAUUAAAUAGUUAUAAUUGAAAUUUAAAAAGGAAAACAAAAAAGGUGUCCGACAACCCAGUGUUUGGUCACAAAAUUUUCUAAAAUUUUUAUUUCUUUUGAAAUUAAAAAUAAAUUGUAAUUUUAAACUCCCGCUUAAUAUUUCAUUAUGAAAAAAAACUCUAUUACAUAUGUAUGUUUGUGAUUAUUAAUGUAUUAUUUUAUAAUUAACCAUUAUUCACUUAUUUAUUUAAUUUAUGUAAAAUUUUGUUAAUUUAAGGUGCUUUAUGUAUUUCACUGUGUAUUAAUUUUUAUUAUAUAUUUUUAGGACUAAUUAUACAUAUUUUUGUUGUUAUUAUAUUAUUAUUUAUAUUUGUUUGAAUAUCAAUCAUAUUGUUUUGUACUUUUAAAGCAUUUAAUGUUCUUAGUGAAACAGAAAAAUAUCAAACAACACAACUAACAUUCAAAUAGAAGUUGCAUAUCGCUUGACUGCAUAGAAAAAUAAAAUAAACGCUUUUACCGUAAAAAAA